AUGAAACUCACUACAUUUAUUACUGCCCUCUCCUUCUCGACUCUCGUAGCAGCAACUCCUGUCCCGCUCAGCAACCGAGGAAACCUCCUCCCGACUCCAAUGCAAGCUGUGGAGAAACUUUUCCCUGGCUCAGGGAUUCCACGGCUGGCGGGGAAAAUCGAGAAGGCAUUCGAUAUUUGGAUGUCCAAUGCUUAA